AUGUUUUACUCAAACGACCUACUCACGUUGAAGAAGGGACGUUUUGGUGUUUUAUGGUUGGCAGCCACGCGCGGUGUUUCACAUGUGAACAAACGGGAUGUUAUGGCAGUUGAUAUGUUGCGUUCUUGGUUUGUUCUCAUAAACGUCAUCAUUGGUUUUCUGCUUACCAUGCCAAGCUUGGAAAAUUCCUUUUCGUUGCAAGCCCGAGUCGAAGACAUUACCUUAGUUGAGGCUGCCACCACGCCAAAGCAUGAUAACGUAUGCCUGUUUGGAGAGGACUUCCAAAGCGCGUUCCAAACUGAUGUGCUUGGCGAAAAGGUCGCUUCUUCUUCUGAAGCUGCCCAUUUGGAAACUACCCAAGUGCCGAUUGAACUGCUCCUGGCGCAAGAAAAGUCACCCGAAAAGCCACAGCCCCGACGCAAGAGCACCAGACUUUCGUCCAUUUAUGAACUCGACGAGAUUGAGAGGCCGUCGAAGACGUGUGGAGUGCCGCAAGAACGCGAAGAGCAUCAACAACAACAACAACCUCAAAAUGUGCUUGAGGCUCCGGCCGUGGACACCCAAAUCCAGACUGUCUCCAUGUACGAGCUCUUGGUUUUUUCUUUCAAUAUCGACUUACUGAUUGUCCAGUCGCAUUCCCCUCACGCCUCUAUCGUUGGUCUUUCCUUGUUAGAACUGAGCCACCGCCUGCGAAUCCCGUCGCCGAAGGUGAUGCUGCGAAGCUGUCUUCUCCUUACACUGGACCCCAAAUUAACUGCCACGUCUGCAUUUCCUGGAUGGCGACUAAGCCAGUCGUGUUCCCUCCCUCGUGCCGUGCAACACCUACCUUCUUGCCUCGGCACAAUGUUAUCCGCGUCUUUUUUCACUCUAUUUAGACACCGCCUGCCUGUCUCGACGGAGGAGACGCUCGCAUUCGCUGAGCCACAGGCGCCUGUUCAAGCCGCAGAGCCUCAAGAAGGGCCCUCGAGUCCGAAGCGGCGUGCUCUUCAGAGCGUCGAGGACGCCUCGAAACUGUCGAUGCCCGAACCACAACUCCUGGAGCUCGAUCAGCCUCAGCCCUGUGCUGCAUCGUCAGCCGUGAAGGCAAGGCCCCCGAGACGCGCUGCGCCAUCGCCGCUGCCGCCGCUCAGUCUGGAGGAGCUGGUGCAUCCUCCGCAGGCACCGCCUCCCAGACGCCCUCGGAAACGCCCAGCGCGUCUCCUCGUUGACAGCGUCCUGCAGCUCUCCAAGGCGCAGCUUCGCGAAAACUUUGAGCUCAGCAAGAGCCUCCUGUGCACCCGCGCCGAGAUACUGGCCCUCAGCUCCUGGGAGACCCACCCCAAGCGUGCUCGGUCGCUCAACGUCGACCGACUGCUGGCUCUGCCCGCUAACUGGGAGCUCGCUAUCAGCCUCGGUCUUGGCGAGGUAAGGCUCGGUUGCCAGGCGGACAAGCAUCUCCGUGAUGGUUGGGUGUUGCUCUGGCGCUCGAAGCGUCGAAUGUGCGAGGCGUUGCCGUUGAGGGACUCACCGCAGCCACCAAGAGACACGUCUAGGUCCCAGUCCAGGUCGAAUCUCAGCAGCCUCCGCGAGUCCGCGUUGGAGGCGUCGCGCGAGGAGGCUCGCGCCGCCAGCGACAUGCUCUCCGCCUCCUCCUUCGUUCCUCGACAGUCCUCCUUGAACCCCUCGAGUUUCACCAUACGCGCUUCUUCCAGCCAGGAUGGCGACAAGAGCCUCCAGCAACAACCCCCGACUCCGAAGGACACCGUCAUCGCUCAACAGACGACAUAUUCGAUCGCGGACGCUCCUCCUCUGCCUCCAAAGGCGGAACAGCUGCUUCCUGUUCCCGAAGUUCUUCCCGAAGGCACCGUCCCGCCUCCUCCUCCGCUGAGCGACAUUCCUGCUUCAUACGCCAACGAAUCGGCUUUCUUGGACACCGUUACGGAACAGUUCAGUCUGGGCGUUCUCGAAAUCGAUUUCACCAGGCUCUUGUCGCCGUCGUGUACCCGAAAGCAGGCCGCGAAAACCUUCCACCACCUCUUGUGUACCUAG